AGAGAGGAAAAGAGACUAAUGAAACACCUGCACAAAUUAUUCAAACCACAUCUGCUAUUAUCUCUCACAAAGCACAUCCAUACCUUCCAUCUCAUGAUGCACUUCGUCAAACAAUUAAUCGAAUUAGGAGUUCUGAUCUUCCUGUAGAACCAGAAUCUUUAAAUGAACUUAUU